GAACGCAGUGUUGCAUUCUUAAUAGUCCGGUAGAGACGUCUAGCCGCUUUAUGUUUGAGAAUUGGGGUUUAAUCAGAAGAUACAAACUCCACUGGUUACUCUGUCAACAAGACUAACCAAAUAAUAGAAAAAAAUGUGACGUAUCUUAUAGUUAAUUCACCAAAAUCCCAGAUGAUUUAUAAAUAAGGCUAGACGGCACAGUUCCAGGACUAAGCUACAGGCCCUGUUUGAGCGUAUCCAUGGCCUCUCGGAAGCAGAAGCGAGUGUUGCGAUAUGUGGAGGAAGGCAGCCUGCUGAAGCUGAAAUCCUAUCUGCGUAAACACCCGGAUAUUGAGCUGAAUUUCACGAAGGGGAGUAAGGGGCGCACUCCUCUUCACUUGGCCUGCUCGCUGGGGGAUGAUGCUGUGCUCAGACUGCUGUUAAAGUGGGGCGCAGACCCUUUGAGCAAAGACCGCAAAGGGGAUACCCCAUUACACCUGGCAGCGAACAGGGCACUCAAGCAUGGCAAGAGGGCCUAUGAUGACCUGGUGGUCCCUUUAAGAAAGCGCUGUCCUGUUGCUAUGGAGACGCCAAAUCGAGCAGGAGUAACACCACAGGAUACACUGCAGUGGAUGAAAGAGGAACAGUUCCAGAAGUCUCCAGGAAGGGGAGAAAGCUCCAAAAAAGCAGAUCCAGAAAAAGAGUGGCGCAAUAAGCUCUUUGGAGAAUGCCAGGAUGAGUUCUUUGAGACUUUUGGGCAGUACGAGGAAGAUUUGUCCUGGGAGGAGAGAGAGUCAGAGAAUUUUAUUGACUGGGCUGACCGCAUCAGGCAGGAAUACAGUCGGAAGCGAGCACAAUCUGAGCGGGAGGCAGCUGGAGCAGCUUCCGGGAGCCAGAAAAAGAACCGGAAAAAAGAGUCGGAAUCCGAGGCACGGAGCCGACUGGAAUUCCAGGCUAAACUGGAAGCUGAACAUGCAGCUUACUUGGCCCGUGCUGCCAGAAAAGAGGAGGAAAUACGUAAGGGGAAGAAGGAGAGAUAUGAGGAAAAGUGCACAGCUACUUUCCGGGGGGAAUCAGAAUCUCGGCUUGGCUAUUCAGACAUUCCCUGGCCGUCUCCUCUGGGCUCUGUUCAGGAGAUGGUGGCUGUGAUGCUUCACGGAGUGGAUCGUGUCAAUAAGACCGCCUUCAGGAAGUUUCUGAUGCGACAGCAGACUCUUUGGCACCCAGACAAGUUUGCGCAGCGCUGCGGAGCUCGUUUAGAGGAAGGCGAGCGAGGCAGGAUCCUGGACACGGUCACUGCGCUCUCGCAGGAGCUCAACAAGCUAGCUGAGAAUGCCAAGUGACACGAAUAUGCACGCUUUUAAUAAAGGCUUGAUUUUUACAAUGUGAUUUGUUGUGACUCUUACUGCUUACUGGGUUAGUGUCAUGUGGUUUGACUAAUUAUGUGUGAUUCGGAUCUGAGUGUUGCAUUGUUUGAUGCAAUCAUUAUACCUUCACUAGUACAUCCUGAUCUUAUCCACGUGGCUUUUAUUUAUGAGACAGAAACUGAUAUUACUCUCUUGGAUUUAAAGAUACUUUAUAUAAUGUACA